AAAUUGAUUGCGCCGUAGUCUUGAGCAGAACGGUUAAAAAUCAGAGCAACUUCGCUGCGUUUAACGGUUUCUUUGCUGAGUCACUGCCAAACGUUUCUGAAAAUGGAGUGGACUGCCAUGGAAAUUAACCCCGUGAUACUGAACAAGAUUAUGUGCAAGCUCGGUGUAAGAGGAGACUGGCGUUUCGUGGAUAUUUUAGAUCUGGAUGAUGACAAUCUUUCCAAAGUCCCGAAGCCAUGCUGUGCCUUAAUGCUACUCUUCCCCUUGACCCCAAAGCAUAAAACCUUCAGAGAUGAGCAAGCAGACAGGGUUUCAGGAAACUCUCCUGUCUAUUUCCUGAAACAGACGACCUCUAAUUCUUGUGGCACAAUUGCCCUCCUGCACGCCGUUGCCAACAACAAGGCCAAGAUGUCUUUUGACAGCAGCUCUGUCCUGAAGACCUUUUUGGAUGAGACGGCAAACAUGUCUCCAGACGAUCGUGCCAAACAUCUGGAGGGGAACAAGGAAAUCAAAGAGGCUCACAAUGAGGCUGCAAAGGAGGGACAAUGUCGACCAGAUGCCAGUGAAGUAAACUUCCACUUUAUUGCCUUUGUGAAUGUGGAUGACCAACUAUAUGAAUUUGAUGGGAUGAUGAAUGGACCCAUCAAACAUGGGGAAACCAAGGAUGAGUCCUUUGUUGCUGAUGCAGCCAAAGUGUGCCGUGAGUUCAUGAAACGAGAGGAAGGUGAACUUCGUUUCUCUGCUGUGGGUCUUUGUAGUUCUUAGAUUUUCAUGUGACUGAAUGGAGCAAAUUGUAAGCCACAUAGUUCAAGAGCAUUUACAUCAGUUAAGAAAUGACCCUCUGUGCACCUACAUCUGGAGGCAAUAUAAUCCUCAUCCCCUCAACCGCAAUGGGUUGGCAAUAGCUCAAACUGUUUUAGUUGAUGAUCCAAGCUUAAUAGUGAUUCAUGAACACCACUUAUCUGUAAAGGUUGUGAAAUGUCACCUGUGCACGUGUCAUUCUAAUGUUUCCUUGUAUUCAUCUGUCAAAAUUAAUCAGCUUUAACACCUUUUGUGCCAACAAGAGCAAAAUGCAGUGGAAACCUUAGGUUUGUUUUACUGCAUGCCUUAUUUGCCAUGUGGUUUACAAAAAUUUGUUAUGUUCUGAUGUUUGAGCACUUGUUUAGGGAAACACUACAUUUAACAAUCGCAUUUCUUUAAAGGUCAAAUAUUCUAAGUUUCUAGUCUUUGAAUGCACUUGUGAAAAUGAGAUCCAGUAAAGAAUGACCAGUUCAAGUGCUCUUGCAAGUUGGGUUUGCUAGCUUAUGGUAACUGCUUCAACUUUUCAGAUUGUUUACCUUUAUGCACUUUCCAAGCUGUUUGCUGGUGUUUAGCAAUGCAUAUUUAAUAAAACAAACUUGGUUACAUGCC